AUGAGAACCAAGCGGAGGGCUGGACGCCCAAAGAAGAAUGUACAGAAGGGAGCUUCUUCUGCUGCUGCUCCUCCAACUGCCGCCUCCCCCAAGCAUCAUAUUGCCACACAGCCAUUUGUUGCUACUGCCACAGCAAAUCUAUCUGCUGCUUCAGCCCCUUUGACUGCAGCUGCCGCACUUAAUGCCAAUAAGCAGGCAUUCUUGAACCUUGUCGGCCAGAUUGCUCAAGAAAACCUAGGGCUGGACAAAUCUAAGGAUCUCGGGCUCCGUGGAAUGGGUUCUGGCCCUCGCUUUUAUUCGUCUUCUUCUUCAUCAAGUGGAGGUGACUCAUUCCAUGUUGAAGAUAAUAUUAGUGGCUUCGACGUUCCAGGAACUGACUGGUGGGGUGGUGAUAAAUCAGGGCGCAAGCGUGGUCGGCCUAGAGAAGGGGAUGCCACAAAGAGUGUUAGCAAUUUGCAGGCUACCUCAUUGAGUGGGUUGCAUCCUUGGAGCAGUAAAGAAAAGAGAUCAAAGAAGUCAUGCCUGGAUCCCCGAUACAAUGAGACAGAACUAAAAACUUCCUUUGCAAUCAUUAAGAAGAUAAUGGAUAUGGAUGAAGCUGCAUCAUUCAGCGCUCCUGUAGAUCCUGUUCCUAAUCGUAUGGAUGCUAGAGAUGCACCUAUGGAUUUUGGAACAAUAUGCAGCAAUCUUCAGAAUGGUUUCAAGUACCUAAAUGCUGAUGACGUAUACAAGGACGUGGAGUGCAUUUGGGCGCAUUGUUUGAAGUAUAACAAGAAAGGUGAUUAUAUUGUAUACCUUAUGAAGAGAGUGAAGAAGAAGUUUCUGAAAUACUGGACAGCAGCUGGCUUGCGUACUGAAAUGCAAGAGACUACAGGGCAACCUGAAUUUCCACCUUGUAUCAAUCACAGGAUGGGACGCACCAGUUGCGAGGCUAGUUGUGCAGCGAAUCUUGUUGAUAACCCGACUCAGAAGCAUACAGCUCCGGUCACCCCAUCAAGCUACAGUCACCAGGCUCAGGUGCAUCCAUCAAGCUACAGUCACCAGGCUCAGGUGCAUCCAUCAAGCUAUAAUUACAAGGAUCAGGUGCUCCCAUCAAGCUACAGUAACAAGGCCAAGGUUCCUCCACUGCAGCCUACCAUCAAUGAUUCGCCACAGUUGCAGUCUAGAAUCAAUGCAAAUGAUGCAGGACGUUCAUAUGCCCCCUCACCGGACUCUGCUAGGAAGCAAACAAAAGAUGCAACCCGGACUCCCAAGAUGACUAAGUCCAGCCAUUCCAAGCAUCAGCCAAAUUCAAGCACAUAUUACCUGCGACGUCGUGGGCAAAGUGUUAGUCAGCAACAACCAGCUCGGUCUCUUGUUCAAGAGAAUGAUGGGGCAAGACCUCCAGAUGGGCCGUUCGCUAGCAGUAAUUUGGGGCAAAAUGGCUUUCUGUCUACAGAUGCAGUUAACCCCACAGUUAUCAGCCAGAGUCAAGUUCAACCACAACCACCUCCAGCGAGUCAAAGCCAGCGACAUGUAUCUCAGAUACAUGCGGGAAGCAUUGCACAGCCACAAUACUCUGAGCAGUUUGCUACAGCUUCACAUGCUGGAGGCGAGAAUGGCUUGAGGGGUGAGAGACAAGUGGAAUGGGAUGGUUAUCAGAUGGGAACUGCGACCCCCUCCUUUCAUAAUCAAGCACAGCAGGAGCAUUCUGGAAAUUACAGCAGCCUAGACAGUCCAGUAGCGCCCAUUCGUAGCUCAAAGAAGCGAGUACGAGGCCCGUCCCGGUGUCGUUUUGUGUGGGACAUGCCUGAUGGUAGCAAAAUGGUUGUUCAACUUAAUGAUUUGGGACAACCAAUUGGCUCUGAAGGAAGAAAGCUGGCUUCAUUUUUGGGCACCCUGGCACGGGAUGGUACCUUGGCUCCCCUUAACUAUGGAAAGUGGACUGCAUUGCCAAAAGCAAACAAAGAAAGCAUGUGGCAGUUGGUUCAGGCUAAGUUCGAGAUUGAUCCCAUGGCAAAAUCUUGGGUCAUGAAGUCUCUUUUUUCAAAAUGGACGAGCUGGAAAUCAAGGUUGAAGACAUAUUAUUUCUCAUGCAAGACUGAGGAGGAGCGCAUGAGGAAUCUCGACAAAAGAGUCAUUCCAGAUCAGUGGCCAGGCCUCGUAUCCUAUUGGAACAAGGAAGAGGUGAAGUUGCUUUGUGCUAGGAAUAGGGCAAAUCGUGCUCAUGUAAAACAUUCACACACCUCCGGCUCAAAGAGUUACGCAACCAUACGAGAGGAAGAGCGUGCAAAAAGGGCCGAUGGGAAGACUCCUACUAGAGCAGAGUUGUUUGUGCUGACCCAUACACGAAAGGAUGGAAAUCCUGUGAAUGAGGAUGCUGCAGAAGUAUUUGAAAAAUUGCAAGAAAAAACUACUCAGAGGCAGCAAAAUUCCGAUGUCAGUGAUAGUUCGCAUGACACUUUCUUCAAAGUUACAGGCGAAGAAAAUAAAAAGAAUGUGAGCAUGUAUGGUCUAGGAGGACCUAGCCCUGCUACUCUUUGGGGACGAAAGUGUGGCCAUAUCCAGUUUGCAAAAAUGGCCAUGGAAACCAAAAAGCAAGCUGAUGAGGAGGCAAACAAGAUUUUCAAUAAAGUUGAGGCAGUUUGCAGUAAAGUCGAGGUAAUGGAGCAAAAGUAUACCUCAAUGGAAGCACAGAUUGACAGGAUGAACUCAAACAUGGAGCUUAUGCUUCAGAAGAUGGGGGUACCUGUGCAAUCAAGAUCCAAUCACUUGAACCAGGUCGAUCAGGCAGAAGAACCAUCGUCAUCAUCAAGUCUUGGAGUUCGAGCAGAUCAGGUAGUUGACCGCCGGGCAAACUCUAGAAGGAGCCAGUACUGA